GACAGACAGAAAGAGCCAGCAAUCCAGAAGUCCCUGACCAUGAGUGUCUUUAUGCUGAGCUUCACCAGACCCCUGGGCAGUGUCUCUGGGAUCCUGCAAGUGGCCUCCCUGCUAGGCCUGGCUCUGCUGUUGCUCAAGGCAGCACAGCUCUACCUGCGCAGGCAGUGGCUGCUCAAAGCUGUCCAGCACUUCCCAUACCCUCCUUCUCACUGGCUCUUCGGGCACAUCCAGGAGUUUCAAAAAGAAGAGGAACUGCAAUGCCUAAGGAAAUGGGUAGAGAAAUUCCCACGUGCCUGUCCUCGCUGGAUGUGGGGAACAGAGGUGGAGCUCAUAGUCUAUGAUCCUGACUACAUGAAACUGAUCCUGGGACGAUCUGACCCAAAGUCUCAUGACUCCUACAGAUUCCUGGCUCCUUGGAUAGGGUAUGGUUUGCUCCUGUUGAAUGGGCAGAAGUGGUUCCAGCACCGACGAAUGCUGACCCCAGCCUUCCACUAUGACAUCCUGAAGCCCUACGUGGGGCUCAUGUCCGACUCUGUCCACCUGAUGCUUGACAAAUGGGAGGACCUCAUCAAAGAGAAUUCAUAUGUGGAGAUCUUUGAACAUGUCUCCUUGAUGACUUUGGAUACCAUUAUGAAAUGCGCCUUCAGCUACCAUGGCAGACAUCAAGAAGACAGGAUCUCCCAGGCCUACAUCCAGACCAUUCAAGACCUGAGCAACCUGUUUUUUUCCCGAGUGAGGAAUGCUUUCCUCCAGAAUGACAUCAUCUACAGGCUGACCCCUGAAGGCCGCUGGAACCACCGGGCCUGCCAGCUAGCCCAUCAACACUCAGACCGAGUGAUCAAGAUGAGGAAAGCGCAGCUUCAGGAGAGAGAGCUGGAGAAGCUCAGGAUCAAGAGGCACUUGGACUUCUUGGACAUACUCCUCUUUGCCAAGAUGGAGGAUGGGAGCAGCUUGUCUGACAAGGACCUCCGUGCCGAAGUGGACACGUUCAUGUUUGAGGGCCAUGACACCACAGCCAGUGGCAUCUCCUGGAUCCUCUAUGCCCUGGCCACACACCCCGAGCACCAGCAAAGGUGCCGGCAGGAGGUCCAGAGCUUGCUGGGGGAUGGAGCCUCCAUCACCUGGGACCACCUAGAUCAGAUGCCCUACACCACCAUGUGCAUCAAAGAGGCACUGCGACUCUAUCCACCAGUUCCAGGUAUUGGCAGAAAACUCAGCAAGCCCAUCACCUUCCCUGAUGGACGCUCCUUACCCAAAGGAUUCUUACUCACGCUCUCUUUUUAUGGCCUUCACCACAACCCGAAGGUGUGGCCAAACCCAGAGGUGUUUGAUCCUUUACGGUUUGCACCAGGUUCUGCUCAACACAGCCAUGCUUUCCUGCCUUUCUCAGGAGGAUCAAGGAACUGCAUUGGGAAGCAGUUUGCCAUGAAUGAGAUGAAGGUGGCGGUGGCCAUGACCCUUCUCCGUUUUGAGCUGGCACCAGAUCCUUCCAGGGUCCCUGUUCCCUGGCCAAGAAUUGUGUUGAGGUCCAAGAAUGGGAUCCACCUGCAUCUCAGGAAGCUCCUCUAAAGCCUGUGCAGACAAGAAUGAGCCACAAAGGCCUCCUGCCCGCCUCCCUGAUCUCCUCCUCCAGCCCAUCAAUAUCUUCCCUUCUCUGUCUCACCCUUUUCCAAGAUUCCUACUUGUUUGCUGCUACCAUCUUCCUACUCAGUUGUAGCUCUGACUGCAUGUAAUUCUUGAUUAUGCUCCUAUUCCCCAGCUUGUCUGUCCUCUCAUCUUGUUUUUCCUUCCUCCCUCUGGUCUGUCCCUUUAAUGCCUUCUCUUGCUGCUUUAUCAAAUGACACAAACUUAGUCCCUUAAAAGAGCUCAAACUCAUCAUGUUAUAGUUCAAGAGACCAGAAAUCUGAAAAGGGUCUCACUGGGCCACAACCAAGGUGUUGCAGAAGCUCUAAGGGAGAAAGUCUUCUCUUGCAUUUUCCACUGUCUAAAAGUUUGCCCUUAAGGCUAUUCAAUGAGAGUAUUUGGCCUCUGUGUUUUUCAAGGAAAUAUCCUUUUCUUAAAUUCAAUCAACUAUAGAUGUUAACCAUAUCUAUAAAAUCUAUAAAAUUUUUAGUGCAACACCUAUACUUUUGUUUAAUUGAAUAACUGGUACUACAGCCAAUCCAAGUCAAUCCCAAAACCUGCUUGCACAGUCCAACUAUAGUCCACUGGCAUUCAUACACCUUAAACCAUACUCAAUCUGCCAAUGAACUAGAAUAAAGUUAUCCUUCAACUGUCUUUCAUAUAAUCUAAAGUGUAUUGAGCCUUGUCUCCAAUAACAAAGGAACAUCAUUGGAGGGUAUACUUUCACUCUCUGAAAUUCUGUACCUUCAAGACUAUGAUACAAAUUUAACUAAUAUUACUACAUUUACCUUUUAUGUGGAGGAUGUAAAACAAGGAAGAAGACAAUCUGACACAGGUGCAUACAUGUAUAAUCAUAUUCAUAAUAAAUAAGGGGAAAUGCUACAAUUA